AAAUGGUCUCCCCUUGGAGCUGGAAAUGCAACUGUUGGGAUAUUCGGAUGCUGGGGAGCUGGAGGCGGAGGCGGAGGCGGCUGGGGAGGUCCAAGCGAUGUGACCAGGCCGCCAUCGCUCGUCUCUUCCUCUCCUGCCGCCUCCUGUCUCGAAAAUAACUUUUUUAGUCUAAAGAAAGAAAAAAAAAAGUAGCCGUCCGCCCCUCACGCCCUCUCUUCCUCUCAGCCUUCUGCCGGGAGAGGAAGCCCGGGGUGUCCGCCCCGCACGCCGUCCCCAUGCAUCCUUUCUACACCCGGGCCGCCACCAUGAUACGUGAGAUCGCCGCCGCCGUGUCCUUCAUCUCCAAGUUCCUCCGCACCAAAGGGCUCACGAACGAGCGACAGCUGCAGACCUUCAGCCAGAGCCUGCAGGAGCUGCUGGCAGAACAUUAUAAACAUCACUGGUUCCCAGAAAAGCCAUGCAAGGGAUCAGGUUACCGUAGUAUUCGCAUCAACCAUAAAAUGGAUCCUCUGAUUGGACAAGCAGCACAGCGGAUUGGACCGAGCAGUCAGGAGCUGUUCAGGCUUCUCCCAAGUGAACUCACACUCUGGGUUGACCCCUGCGAAGUGUCCUACAGAAUUGGAGAGGAUGGCUCCAUCAGUGUGCUGUAUGAAGCCUCACCAGCAGGAGGUAGCACUCAAAACAGCACCAACGUGCAAAUGGUAGACAGCCGAAUCAGCUGUAAGGAGGAACUUCUCUUGGGCAGAAGGAGCCCUACCAAAAACUACAAUGUGAUGACUGUAUCAUGUUAAGAUAUAGUCUGUGGAUGGAUCAUCUUACAAUGAUGGAUAAAUUUGAUUUUUGCUUUGGGUGGGCUCCUCUUGGGGAUGGAUUAUGGAAUUUAAACCAUGUCACAGCUAUGAAGAUCUGGCACAAGAUAGAGUGGUAAAAAAAA